AUGGAAUGGCUUUUAAAUGCUAAAGAUAGGAAAAGUGAUGAUAUUCCUAGUAUAAGCGAAAAUGGAGGUGUUAGGGAUAUUAAUGAAGCAAAAUGUUUACUUCCAUUAAAUGGGCAAAUUAAAUUUGUAGCAGAAACUGAGGCAUCCGAUUAUUUAUGUCCUUACAACACUUUAUGUGAGCCUAAUUGUCCUUGCUGUCAAUUAUCUAGUUGUGAUUGCAAAUCUAUAUGUCCAAAAGCCUGUGAUUGCUUUCGAGAUCAAACUUUUACCAAAAACGUUGUUAAAUGUAGUGGAACAGAAAAAGAGGAAUUUGAUUUACAAAAAUUACCUAUGCAAUCAUCACACAUUCUUUUAUCAAAUCUCAACUUUCCGGUUCUGAAAAAAUCAGAUUUUUUUGGUAUGGGAAGACUUGUAGAACUACAUAUUAAUUCAUCAAAUAUUCAAACAAUAGAACCUUCAGCCUUUGACACAAUAAAUAAUUUAAAGGUAAGAGGAAUUUAG